AUGGAAGAAAAAAGAAUUCAAUUCAUUCGGAUUGCAAUGAAAAAUCUGAAGGAUGAUGGUAAUAGAAUUUGUCCAUUUUGUUUGCAACCAAUGACUGCAAAUUUUGUGGAGGAGAAAAUGAAUCAUGAUGAUGAUAUUAUUAAUACACGAUUGUACAAUUAUGCUGAACAAUUAUCCGAACAUGUUUCAAUUUGUUUAAAUUUGUGGAACAAUGAAAAAAGAAUAUUAUUUGGAGCUCCAGAAAAUAGUAAUAUAAAUCUUACUGAUUCAAACCAAUGCAUAGAAUCAAACAGAUGGCUAAUGGGGCGAGAUUCUGAAUUUGGAAAGAAUUUAGAAAGUACUUGCCAUACAGUCUCAUCGAAUGAACAAGCCCUAGCUCAAUUUUCAUGUUCAAACGAACACUCAAACAAAAGAAAAUUAGAAUCUUUUAAUGAAGCACACAAAGCAUCACUCAACAAAAUACCAACGAAAAAGAAAAAACAAUUUUCAAACUUGCAAGAGAAUGAGAACCUGAUUGAUGAAAAUGACGCUUAUGAACAAUCUUUUACGAGAUUGGACGACGUCGGUGAUGACAUGAUGUUGCAUAUUCUAAAAUUUCUUGAUCAGAAAUUCCUUAUUCACACUUGCAUGACUGUUUCAAAAUAUUGGUACGAAAUAGUAUCGCAAAUCCCGUUUUCUUUAGUCAUCCCUGAUCUUAGCCAUGAUACUCUUUCUAUUUUACGAAUCAUUACAUCCAAUCCAAAUACCUUUAAUUUCACAGCCCUCGAUAUUUCAGGAACACAUGAGAAGGUGAACUCCAUUGAAAUGAUCAAAUUUAUUACAACAAGUAACCAAUUCAGUAAUUUAACAUGGUUGAAUGUAAGAAAUAGCAACCUUGCCACAGAGAGUGUGAAAGCAAUUGCGAACAGUAUCAUCUUACAACGUCUUCGCAAAUUGGAUUUAGGUAUAUGUAACAUUGGGAAAACUAGAGUACAAAUAUUGUCUCAAAGCCCGUACUUAAAGAAUAUUACCAAGAUAGACCUUUGGAAUAAUAACAUCCAAGAUGAAGGAGUUGCAGUAAUUUGUGAAAGUGAAUUUUCGAGAAACAUUACAAGUUUAAUUUUGUCAGAAAAUGGUAUCACUGAAAAAGGAACCUCUUUUUUGACAAGCAAUCAUUCAAAAUUGUUCAACCUGUCCAAACUAGACCUUACGGACAAUUUAAUCACAUCCAAGGGAGCAAUAUUGAUUGCCACAAGCAACGUAAUGCAAAAUUUACAAAAGCUUUACUUGCAAAGAUGUGACAUUGGAGAUGAAGGAUUGAUUGCUAUUUGCGAAAGUAAUUUCUUGAAAAAAUUGACACGACUUUGCGUAAACAACAACUCAAUUUCGUACAAAAGUAUGCCAUCCUUAAUCUCUAGCCCUAUUUGCAACAGGUUGCAGCAAUUAAUGUUGUCCAAUAGUAACCUUGGUUAUGAAGGAGCACGUUUGUUAUGCACAGGAUCAUUUCCUGAACUGAAGGCACUACAUUUAAAAUGUUGCAACAUUGGAAAUGAUGGACUUUUAUUUAUUGCUGCUUGUAGAACUCUUAGUCUAAACCUCACUGAGUUGGACCUUGAUGACAAUAACAUUCUUCAGAGGGGGUUAGAGCUCUUUGCAACAGUCCAUAUCGAAAAAUUUGGAAGCGCUGUUUUUGGACUCCAAUGA